GCGCAGGGACACGUUGCUACUACGGCGCCGGAGACUACAGAACUCAGCAUGGCUUCCACCGGCUCCCAGCGAUUGGGGAAUGGUGGUGGUGUCGGGGGCGCCUUCCAACCUUACCUAGACUCCUUGCGGCAGGAGCUACAGCAGAGGGACCCGACUGUGCUCUCAGUAGUAGUGGCGCUUCUGGUGGUGCUGCUGACGCUGGUGUUCUGGAAGUUCAUCAGGAGCAGAAAGAGCAGUCAAAGAGCUGUACUUCUUGUUGGCCUUUGUGACUCCGGGAAGACAUUGCUCUUUGUCAGAUUGUUAACAGGCCUUUACAGAGACACCCAGACUUCCAUCACCGACAGCUCUGCUGUGUACAAAGUCAAGAAUACCAGGGGCAGUAGCCUGACCUUGAUCGACCUCCCUGGCCAUGAGAGCUUGAGACUUCAGUACCUUGAGCGGUUUAAGGCUUCAGCCCGGGCUGUUGUGUUCGUUGUGGACAGUGCAGCCUUCCAGCGAGAGGUGAAAGACGUGGCCGAGUUUCUGUAUCAAGUCCUGAUUGACAGCAUGGGUCUGAAGAACACACCAUCAUUCUUAAUUGCCUGCAACAAGCAAGACAUUACAAUGGCAAAAUCGGCGAAGAUAAUUCAGCAGCAACUUGAGAAAGAACUCAACACCCUGCGGGUCACCCGCUCUGCCGCCCCCAGCACACUGGACAGCUCCAGCGCGGCGGCUCAGGCUCAUCUGGGAAAGAAAGGCAAAGACUUUGAAUUCGCACAGCUUCCCCUCAGAGUGGAGUUCCUGGAGUGCAGUGCCAAGGGUGGCAGAGGGGACGCUGGCUCUGCUGACGUCCAGGACUUGGAGAAGUGGCUGGCUAAAAUCGCCUGAGAGUCAGGUCCCAACCCCAAGCUGUAAACAUUCAUGUGGUGACUGUCAGUUUUGGAAAAGGGUGUGGUUAGAAACAUUUCCUUGUUCUGGAAACAAAUUGUUGAAUCCAGCUUGGAAUUUUUAAGUUCAGUUCCUCUUAUUGUUUUCAAACUUGUCACUUUUAUUUGACUGGUGCCUUCCCUUUGUUAAAGUGUAAGUGACAUCCCUUUAGUGUCUCCUUGAUGUCGGCCAAGGUCCUCGUGACCGUGACAGUCGGACUCCACACAGGGAAGACGUUAUCCUGAGGAAUGAUAAUCACCUGGGAGGUUCUCUUAUCUUGUGCUUUGGUCCCUUUUUCCUGGAAACAAACCUGUCUGUGUAUGGAACCAGUUCAUUUCCAGUUACUCUUGAAGUUCACGGACAGUACACCAUCUAGUCCAUUGUGAAUUCUCAGAUUUGUAGGUACAAUUACAAUGUGGGCUCUCAACAUAGGACAACAAGUAGAAGACAGCAAGGCUCUGUUGCCAUGGGGUCUGUUCUUCAUCAGCUCAGUGACUUGUCCACAGUCCAGCCUCAUAGCACUUGAGUUUGGCGAACUUGUCAUGAACCCUUGAAAUGAAUCAUUCCCAGAUGAUAGGACUGUAAGUGCUAAAUCUCCAAGUGCUAGGGGUCUAGUGUGCUCUGGUGGUUUCCCCUAACCAGAGGGAAUAUGGAGAUGCAGAAGCUGUUCUGGUUUUCUGGGUGGCUGAGAGCUCCUAUGUCACGUUCAUGUGCUGCUUGAUCAGCUCCUAUUUUGUACUUAGCUAGAAUGCUGUGCAACAAAUAUAAAAUGAAAAAAGUUGUGUGUA